GGGAUGGAGGGAGGAGCCUGGCUCGGGGCCGGCACCACUGGGGGUGUGGGCCUGGGCCGUGGUCGGUGAGGACCAGGAGGCAACGGGAUGGGCCAAGGCAGAGGCGAGAGGGGCGUAGGGAUGCCCAGGCUCCUCACGGAAGCCAGGGGACAGGGAAAGCCCUCGGGGGUGUAACGGGACGGGUUGGAUCACCGGAUGAAGGCUGCCAGAGCGCCACAGGCGUCGGGGCCACGCGUUAACCCGAGAGAUGGAGAAGAGGAGCAGAGAUGCCAAAAGCACCUAGGAAGAGAACAGUGUGGGAACGAGAAACCAGGAGGUCCUGUGCAUGACGGCGGAGUGGGAGGAGGCCCUGAGGUGGUGGUGGUGGUACAAAGAUGCUGGUGUCAUUUAUAGGGACAGAAGGGGGAUCUUGGGGGUUAUGGUGAAUGGAAUGCAACAACAUGGGGGUAUACAUAAGGAAGGCAGUUGAAGAUGGGUUUCCCACGUGGGAAGAUGGAGAGCCUUUAAGUGCAAAGUGUGGGUAGAGCAUAAAGGAAUGCGGAGUGGAAAGUGGGAAACUGGGUUAGUGGGACUCUGGGCAAGUACUUGGUGGGGGGGAUGACGGGGCUCGACAUCUGCAGAGAUUGGGGAGGCCCUGAGGGGCAUCGAGUGGGGUGGAGACCUAGGCUGUUAAGGGGCCGGAGGGAGAGGACCCAGCAGAGAUGUGGGGAAGAGGGCAGGACAGGACAGGACAGGACAAGUCAAAUCCCGGAGGCUCGGAGUGUGCGGUUAGGGAAGAUCCAGGCUGAAAACACGGGGACAUGGACUUGGAACUGGAUUGCGGGGCGGGGAGUGGAAGCAGAUGAGCGGGAGGAAGGCAACCGCGGAUCGGACCCAAGCACUGAAUCGGAGGAGGCGCAGGGUGGAGCUGGGCUUGGCCAAGCUCUGGCGAAAAAGUCCCAGCGAUGGGGACUGGACUCAGAUUUCAUUUCGUGGGGAGCUGCCGCUCCAGAUGCUGCUGCUGCCGCCGCGGCCACCCCACCCUCGGUCCUCCUCUCCGGAGGUCAUGGACCCACCGCCCCCCAAGACUCCCCCUUUCCCCAAGGCGGAAGGCCCCUCCUCCACUUCUUCCUCGGCGGCGGGGCCGCGGCCACCGCGGCUGGGGCGCCACCUGCUCAUCGACGCCAACGGGGUCCCCUACACAUACACGGUGCAGCUGGAGGAGGAACCUCGGGGCCCGCCGCAGCGCGAGGCGACCUCGGGAGAGCCCGGGCCCCGCAAGGGCUACAGCUGCCCAGAGUGCGCCCGUGUCUUUGCCAGCCCUCUGCGGCUGCAGAGCCAUCGCGUGUCGCACUCGGACCUCAAGCCCUUUACGUGCGGUGCUUGUGGCAAGGCCUUCAAGCGGUCCAGCCACCUGUCGCGGCACCGCGCCACUCACCGCGCGCGCGCUGGCCCACCGCACACCUGCCCGCUCUGCCCCCGCCGCUUCCAGGACGCGGCGGAGCUGGCGCAGCACGUGCGCCUGCACUGAGCUCUGGCCUGCCGGGGCCACCGCGUCCCACCGUGCACCGUCUCUCCCACGCCCUCCCCGGUUCUGCUGAGGUGACUGCCUUACCCGAGGCCUCGGUUUCCCCACCUGUCCGCAAAGUGAACCAUCGUCUCGUUCUUCCCCUCCCGUGUACCUGUGUGACGUAGACCAAAGUCGUCCCUCUGGGCCUGGGCGCCAGAGGGAAGUUGGGCUCCUCCAGCUGUGCCGGUGUGAGCCUGUGCCGGGGGCUUGGCCUCUGACCCUCGGCUUCCUGCGUUCCGAAGCGGUGAGGUUGUCCCUGUGGAAGGCAAGACCACACGGCACGGUCUGGUCAUUUCUGUACUUCCUCCUAAUGCCUACGACUCCCCGUUCUUUGCUCAAUAAACAUCCCGCACUCCA